AUGACCAGAGGCGGCUUCGGUUUCAGAGACCAAGGUUGCAGUUGUUUGCCAAUGAUUCCGGCGUUAACUCCGAUAAGAGACAACUAUAGCCUUCGCAAUGUGGACAGAUUUCAUGGGGGAAAGGAGGCGGGGGAGGAAUAUUACAUACCGGAGCAGCAGAGAGACUCCGAGGGCGUGACGGGGAGGGCGGUGGUGGAGGUGGGGGGUUGUAUCGGGCGGAUCCGGUGGAUCCGGCCGGCGAAGAGAGAGAAGCAGCGCCGGAUGGUUCAUACCCCGUCAGAACCGAGGCGGCCAAGCAGAACCGAGCUUGUAGGCGUGGAGGAGAGAGACUGGAAGACAAGCAUUGGGGGAGAUCUAUGA